CCUCCAGAUCAGCAUGAGGGAGUGCCUUUCCAUCCACAUUGGCCAAGCUGGCGUCCAGAUUGGGGAUGCUUGCUGGGAACUCUAUUGCCUGGAACAUGGAAUCCAGCCAGACGGCGUUCUCAGUAGUAGACACGAUCAGCUGAAAAGUGGGAACAUGGAGCACAUGGAUGGAUCUUUCAAUACCUUCUUUUGUGAGACGAGAGCUGGGAAGCACGUGCCCAGAGCACUCCUCAUGGAUCUGGAUCCCGCUGUUAUAGAUGGGAUUCGGGCCGGCCAUCGCCGCUCACUCUUCCACCCGGAGCAGCUCGUCAGUGGGAAGGAAGACGCCGCAAACAACUACGCCCGCGGUCACUACUCUGUGGGGUCCGAGAUCAUCGAUCUUGUGCUCGAGAGGAUCCGAAAGCUGGCAGAGCAGUGCAGUGGACUUCAGGGAUUUCUGAUUUUCCGAAGCUUUGGAGGAGGCACUGGAUCAGGGUUUACAUCUCUCCUAAUGGAGCAGCUCUCGACAGAAUAUAGCAGGAAGACGAAAUUGGAGUUCUCUGUCUAUCCAGCCCCCCGGAUCUCCACCGCUGUCGUGGAGCCUUACAACUCCGUCCUCACCACGCACACCACCCUGGAGCACUCGGACUGCACGUUCAUGGUGGACAACGAGGCCAUCUAUGACAUCUGCCACCGUAAACUCGGUGUCGAGCGUCCCUCCUACACCAGCAUUAAUAGGCUGAUAGGCCAGGCGGUAUCUUGCAUUACUGCCUCUCUCCGGUUUGAGGGGCCCUUGAAUGUGGACCUCAUUGAAUUCCAGACCAACCUUGUCCCUUAUCCAAGAAUACAUUUCCCCGUGACAACCUUGGCCCCCAUCAUCUCUGCCGACCACGCCUACCAUGAGGAGCUCUCUGUGUCCGACAUCACCGCUGCUUGCUUUGACUUCUCCCAUCAGCUGGUCAAGUGCGACCCUCGGCUGGGGAAGUACAUGGCCUGCUGCCUACUGUACAGAGGGGACGUGGUCCCCAAAGAUGUGAAUGCAGCCAUCGCAGCCACGAAGUCCAGGAACUCUGUGCAGUUUGUGGAUUGGUGUCCGACUGGUUUCAAGGUGGGCAUCAACAACCGGCCGCCCGUGGUGAGGCCAGGAGGGGACCUGGCCAAGAUCCAGCGGGCUGUGUGUAUGAUGAGCAACACCACGGCCGUCGUGGAGGCCUGGGCCCGCCUGGACCACAAGUUCGACCUCAUGUAUGCCAAGAGGGCGUUUCUGCAUUGGUACAGCAGGGAAGGCAUGGAGGAAGGCGAGUUCUCAGAGGCCAGGGAAGACUUGGCCGCUCUGGAGAAGGAUUAUGAAGAAAUGGGGCAAAGUUCUGAUGGAAAUGUGGCUGAGGAGAAUGAGUGUUAAGUUGAAGUGUCUUGCUUUCUUUCAAGACGUUAUGUACUCUUGGAGGGUAGGGUUCCCCCUGAUUGGAAGAAACUGGAAACCCAAUCAAACAAGACCCUAAGCUCAGCUCUCAGUCAAAUGGGUCAGUACCUUGUCUGUUGGUUCAGCCCAGCUGCCUGUGGACCCCCUAGGUUUGGGGUCCUUUGAGCCUCUGGAUCAUGUCCAUGUUUCUUUCUUUCUUUCUUUUUUUUUUUCUUAGAAUGGAAAGAUAGCUUUAUUCUUUGCUCCUUCAAAAAAUGAUGAAACCCUAAAGUCAGUGCUUUCCCAUUCCCUUUCCUGUGGUGUAAAGGAGCAUAUGUUAAUUAUUAAUGUUAUUUCCCCCAUGUCUAUGUUUUGUACAUUGAUUAAAUAAUGAAUAUUUCAGUA